CGAUCCACACCAGACACCACAAGAAUGGCGACCGUUGCAUCAACUCAGACUCUGGUUUCUACGAUCGCCCUUCUCUUGUUGGCCUUCCAAAUGGUCAAUGCAGACUAUUACCGUCAGAGACCACCACCCAGCCCGAGCCCCAAACCCUACAUUCCGAAGAUACCGAGACCGGUCAUUCCGAGCCCAACCCCACAUCCACCCGCAGGCUCGUUGGCUCGUCAGUUCCUUGACCCGCAGAACGCUGUCCGGUCGCGGCUAGGUCUGCAGCCGUUGGUGUGGGACGGGCGGCUGGCCGGGUAUGCGACGUGGUGGGCGAACCAGAGAAGAUACGACUGCAGCCUCACCCACUCGACCGGUCCGUAUGGAGAGAAUCUAUUCUGGGGAAGUGGGUCGGACUGGACACCGGGUCAGGCCGUUCGGACAUGGACCGUUGAGGGACAGUUCUACAGAUACGGAGCCAACUCGUGCGGGGGAGGGCAGAUGUGCGGUCACUACACUCAGAUAGUGUGGAGGGACACAAAGCGUCUGGGAUGCGCACGUGUCGUGUGCGAAGGCGGUCGAGGAGUCUUCAUCACUUGCAACUACGACCCCCCUGGCAACUACAUCGGCGAGAAGCCUUACUGAUUCUCCUCUUUUGUGUUUUUAUGUGUUGAAUUUCGGUUGUUUUAUGUGAAACCUAUUUGUGUUUGGUCAUGAUGAUGAGCUUUAUCCGUUUACUUGAUCCCAUGUUGUUUGUUGGAUCAUGCCCUCGUAUUUUGGAGGCUGUCUAUGUUGCACCACCACAAAUGAGUGGUGUUUCAACUCUUUUUUUUUUUAUUCGUCCAUUAUGAUUUUCCAUUUUCACAA